UACUAACGCUAACAUUAACGAAGACAACUCUGAAUUUAAAGAUGCAGCAAUAGAUGCAGCAAUCAACGCAUCUUUAACUGCUGCAGAAAUAGCAGCAUCAUAUGUUCCUUUCAUUAAUAUGGUGAAAAUUUUAACUCUCACAGAAGUUGAUUGUGGCGUAAAAGACAUUCGCAACCAACUCGAUACCAUAGUUCAGGGUAUGAACAUUUUAAGAACUCGACAACCAGAUAACAUUCAUUCACCAAAAGUCGAACCAAGUCAUUUAAAUGAUCAUGUUUGUCGAAUGAAGCAAGAUUUUCGUGGUUCAGAAGAUUAUCCAGUCAUUAGAAAAUUUUAUAAAAAUUGUGUAGAUGUUGCAUGCAAACCUAUUAAAGAUGUU